GGAGGGACGGGAUGGCCGCAGCGGCCGCCGCGGCGUGCAGGCGCGGCAUGCUCCUGCACAGCCACAGCCACCCGCAGCACCAGUGGCCCACGCGCUGGGCCGGCCACGCCCGCACCAUCUCGCAGCUCGUCAAGACCAACGGCCGCCGCGCCUUCCUCGUCGACACCCUCGCCCUCGUGCGGAAGCUCGAGUCGCAGGGCGUCCCCACCAAGCACGCCGAGGCCAUCACCUCCGCCAUCACCGAGGUCCUCAACGACAGCCUCGAGAGCAUCUCGGAGUCAUUCGUCACAAACGCCGAGAUGCAGAAGUGCGGGAUGCUGCAGGAGGCCAACAUCUCCAAGUUCAAGUCGCAAGUGCAGAGCUCGCAGGAAAACCAUUUCUCUUUGUUACAGCGGGAGACUGAAAAACUCCGUGGAGAUAUUGAUAAGAUGAGGAGUGAACUGAAGUAUGAGAUUGACAAGGUCACUGCAGGGCAGCGGUUGGAUCUAAACCUUGAAAGAGGGCGCAUUCGUGAUGAACUUGCCAAGCAGAAUGAAGAAACUACAGAUCUCACCACAAAGCUUGACAAGGAGAUCCAUUCACUGAAAGCCCAGCUGGAGGCAGCUAAGUAUGAUGUCAUCAAAUACUGCAUAGGUACCAUUGUUUCGAUAUCAGCUGUUGGACUCGCCGUUCUCCGCAUCGUGAUGUGAAGCAAAACACAAGUUCUUUCCUUCACCCAUUUAUCCAUGGAUACCGCAAAAGAGGAUAGUUCCUAUUCUGUUCCUAGUUUUUUCAAAGGGGGCAAAACUUGGUCAGGGGAAUGUUGUAACGUCUGCUAGAGAGAGAGAAAGUUCCUCAAAACCUGUAAGAUAGAUCGACCUGCAGAUGGAAUACAUACGAAAUGAUGAUUCUUUACCUGUGCUUGA